UAAAUAGGAGUCCACGAGGAAGCUGAGCUGGUGUGUAAUGAUAGGGCAGCAGCCGCGGCUGCAGCAAACCGACUCCUGGAGCCGGUGCGGUGCCACACAGGUGCUCCGAGGACUAAGAGGCAUAAUUAGAUAGCCGGGAAGGCAAAAACACACCUCUGGGGUUUCACCUGUGGACAUCAGAGUGCAGAGCCAGUCAGUGAAAGCAAAGAGGUAGCAGAGACUCAACAGUGAUCAGUCACAUCUAGAGAAACCAAAGUUGAAAGUUUUUGUUUUUGUUUUGUUUUGUUUUGUUUUGUUUUCCCUCCUGUUUUCUCUUUCACUCCCCUCCCCUGGCGUGACACUACCAUGGUCAGAAAGCCAGUUGUGGCCACCAUCUCCAAAGGAGGUUACCUGCAGGGCAAUGUGAGCGGGAGGCUGCCCCCCAUGGGGGGCCAAGAGCCACCGGGGCAGGAGAAGGUGGUUCUGAAAAAGAAGAUCACUUUGCUGAGGGGGGUCUCCAUCAUCAUCGGCACCGUCAUCGGAUCGGGCAUCUUCAUCUCCCCCAAGGGCAUACUCCAGAACACGGGCAGCGUGGGCAUGUCCCUGGUUUUCUGGUCUGCCUGUGGAGUACUGUCACUUUUUGGAGCCUUGUCCUAUGCCGAAUUGGGUACGAGCAUAAAGAAAUCUGGUGGUCAUUACACAUACAUUCUGGAGGUCUUUGGUCCUUUACUAGCUUUUGUCCGAGUCUGGGUGGAACUGCUCAUAAUACGGCCUGGAGCUACUGCUGUGAUAUCCCUGGCAUUUGGACGCUACAUUCUGGAACCGUUUUUUGUUCACUGUGAAAUUCCUGAACUUGCAAUCAAGCUGGUAACAGCUGUGGGCAUCACUGUGGUGAUGGUCCUAAAUAGCAUGAGUGUCAGCUGGAGUGCCCGGAUCCAGAUUUUCCUAACCUUUUGCAAGCUCACAGCAAUUCUGAUAAUUAUAGUCCCUGGAGUUAUACAGCUAAUUAAAGGGCAAACACAGCACUUUGAAGAUGCAUUUUCAGGAAGAGAUGCAAAUUUAAUGGGGUUGCCCUUGGCUUUUUAUUAUGGGAUGUAUGCAUAUGCUGGUUGGUUUUACCUCAACUUUAUUACUGAAGAAGUAGACAAUCCUGAAAAAACCAUCCCUCUUGCGAUCUGCAUUUCCAUGGCCGUCAUCACAGUUGGCUAUGUGCUGACAAACGUGGCCUAUUUUACGGCCAUCAGCGCCGAGGAGCUGUUACAAUCCAAUGCUGUGGUGGUGACCUUCUCUGAGCGGCUGCUGGGAAAUUUCUCAUUAGUAGUCCCGAUCUUUGUUGCCCUCUCCUGCUUCGGCUCCAUGAACGGUGGCGUGUUCGCUGUCUCCAGGCUAUUCUAUGUCGCGUCUCGAGAAGGGCACCUUCCGGAAAUCCUCUCCAUGAUUCAUGUCCACAAGCACACUCCUCUGCCAGCUGUUCUUGUUUUGCAUCCUUUGACGAUGAUAAUGCUCUUCUCUGGAGACCUCUACAGUCUUCUGAAUUUCCUCAGUUUUGCCAGGUGGCUUUUUAUGGGGCUGGCAGUUGCUGGGCUGAUUUAUCUUCGAUACAAACGCCCAGAUAUGCACCGUCCUUUCAAGGUGCCUCUCUUCAUCCCAGCGUUGUUCUCCUUCACCUGCCUCUUCAUGGUUGUUCUCUCCCUGUACUCGGACCCAUAUAGCACGGGGGUUGGCUUCCUUAUCACGUUGACUGGAGUCCCUGUGUAUUAUCUCUUCGUUGUGUGGGACAAGAAACCCAAGUGGUUCAGACAAUUAUCAGACAGAAUAACCAGAACAUUACAGAUAAUACUACAAGUUGUACCAGAAGACUCUAAAGAAUUAUGAACUUAAUACAUCAAAAUCUUGGCUAUCUGCCCAGGACUGAGAUACAGAAUGGAUCUUUAUUUCAAGAAAACACAACUUUGGUGAUGGACUAAAGGAACCGGUUAUUUCUAUUCAUAUCCUCUAAUGUAUUCAAACUAAUUUCUGAGCAAUUUACUGGUAACUCAAUGUAUUUGUAGAAAGCUAAUAUGCAAGUCACAUAGUGAGGCAAGGGCAGUGUUGGAGUCUGGUGCUUACCCACUGAGGUAAGGGGACAAGACAAGGGGCAUUGCCAACAGGGCUAUCAUUCUCUGUAAUAUUUCUUAUCACGACCAAGAACCUUCAAAUGGAAGACCAAAGUGUUUUCUGUAUAUAGGGGGUCUGUAUACAUAGCUUUACCUACUGGGACACCUAUACUGUGAAAAGUAUUUUCUAUUUUUCUGAAAAAAAUGUUAUUAUUGUGGCAAAGGGGCCAGAAAUAACUUUAUUUUACAUAGAACUUGGAUGGUUUUGCUUUGGUGACCAACAUGGCUGUCACUUAUAUUUCAAUGGCUUAUACUCAGAGCAUCAGAACAAAAGAUGGGGGAGUACUCUGUGUGUGUGUGUGUGUGUGUGUGUGUGUGUGUGUGUGUGUGUGUGUGUGUGUGUGUGUGUUUUGUGUGUGUGUGUGUAUGCAGCUUGAGAUCGAACUCAGGGCUUUGAUAAAGCCAGGCAAGCACUCUACCUUUGAGCUACAUCCACAUACCCUAAUUUUUUUGAAUGCAUUAAAGAAGCAUUUCUUGAGGCUAUGAUCUAUGAGGCAAUCCUAGGAACUGUGUUUGAAUAAAAAUCAUGGAGAAUUUGUUAGGUUAAAUAUGAUUUCACUUAUUGUCAGGAGGUUUGAUGUUUGGAGUGUCACUUUAUUUUCAUCCUGGUUCCUUAGUUCUGGAAAAUGUGCACUUUUUGGUACGACAUCCACUGAUGAACCACCUCUUUGGUAAUUUACUCCUUGAUGAAUAAAAUGAAAUUUUAAUCACUAUAGUACAGCAUCAACAUGGGAGAAAUUGUCCAUGAAACUCUAAAUAUCAGGCUUUGUCCCUAUAACCACAUUUAUAUGCAGUGUUAGUCAUUCUAAUCACUUUUCCCUUUACUUUGUGGCUAUUUUUACAUGGUGAUGACUUCUGACAGUGUGUGCAUUCUCUUUACAGUUCUGUUAAAAUAUGUCCCUGGAUAAAAUGAUCUGGAUCAAUUAGAAAAAAGCACAGAUUUACAUAAAAACUAUGGAAGAAAUGUCACUGCUUAGUGAGACUUUCAACCGAUCUUUUAAAAAGUGUCUUCUUCUAAAUCUAAGCUUUUUCAAUCAUUUCUUCACUUUUGUUAUAAUUCAACUUGCAAAAGAGAUCACUGAGGACAAAUCUACUGGAGGAGACUUCAGUAUGUGUGUUCAGCUAGGUGGUGCUAGGUCAGAAGUAGAAAACACUGGGCAAUUUUCAAAUAAGGUUAAUAUAAUGAUGAGACUUCUAAAACUCUUACUUCUAACAUUCAAAAUUAAAUGCUUAGCACGGCCACACUAAAUUUCAUCUCUUACAUUCUGACCACUUAAAAAUGAGAUGUUUAAAAAAUUAUCCUAAUUAAUAAAAUCAUUGAGUUCAUAGUUAAUUGCCCAAAGUACAAAUGACGAUUUUAAUCUAAAGCAAUUCACCAUUUCAGCUUUUUUAAGUCUCAGUAAUACUUAACAUAUACUCAAAGUUAACUUUGUUUUUUUGUAAAGGCCAAAUGAAGUAUUUAUUUCCCUAAGUGAACCAGUAACAAUUCCUCCUGUUUUUACUAAUAUGGGCUAUUCCAAACCUUAUGUCUAGUCUCUAGAACCAAAACAGUGUUACUUUGCUGACAUCUAUCUCUAGCAGAUGCCACUGGAGGUGCAUAUUUAUAUAUUGUUAUUUUUACACUAGACCCAUAAGAUUUAACAUGGUGGUGUUUUCUUCUUCCCUAUGAAAGAGAGUAAAGCCGUGGAGAGUCCUGUGGGCUCUGGUUCCUGACCCUCUUGUUUCCCCUGCUGUUUGGUCUCCUAGUUAUCUUUGAUAACUACGUAUCUUUCCCUGUACCACUAGUCAGGGUGUGCUUUGUCAUCAUCCUCCCUUUUCAGAGAUUUUUUUUUGUAGUGUUAAAUUUAUAAUGCCAUUGUAAUACCAUUUCUCGAAGCAUAAAAAAAAUCAGUAUUUCUUUAAAAUACUGUCUAUGGAGUUGCAUUUUGGCUUAUUUUGAAGUUAUACCCUAAGGGAACACAGCAUUUCUUUAAUCAUGGAAUUCAUGUUCAUAAUUGUUUUAUUAAGAGCUUAUAAACAGAUUUUUUUUAUUUAGAAAUACUCCUGCCCACUUGUAAUGUGUGUUUUUAUACAAAGUAAUUUUUUCUCAUAUUUUAGAUUAAUAAGCAUAUAUACACAUGUGAUUAUAUGUGUUAAUGUUUGUACUGGUGUACAUAUUUGAAUGUUCAUAUAAAAUUAUGAUUUGAUUACUAUAACACAAAGCUAGAUAUAGCCUAAACAGUUUAAGAUAUGCAAUACUCUAUUUUCAAAUAUUCUUUGUUUAGUAUACAAAGCCUUGAACAUGCAAUUUUUAUUUUUAUUUUUUUGUUUUUUUCAAGACAGGGUUUCUCCAUGUAGUUUUGGUACCUGUCCUGGAUCUUGCUCUGUAGCCCAGGCUGGCCUCGAACUCACAGAGAUCUGCCUGGCUCUGCCUCCCGAGUGCUGGGAUUAAAGGCGUGUGCCACCACUGCCUGGCUAACAUGCAAUUUUUAAAGGAUCUAAUAAAGAUUUCCAAAAGUUGGGUGCAAUUUUAUUCUCCUCACACAAUUAUAAAUAUUUCCACUGACUGACAUUCUAGCAAUGCUGUUUUGUCUCUUAAAGCAUUAGAUUCUCCCCUUUGAUUUCAAGUGCCUCUUCUUACAAAUGGUGGCUUUGCUUAGCUGGCAGCAAGACCAGCACUUGUCUUUCUUCACGAGAUUGGACAUUUGUCCUAGCAAACAUGGCUGAAUCCAGUUCCACUUGUAAGAUUGCGCGUGUACAUCCACAGUCUGUGUGUGUUUGUCCCCCAGCCCUGUGGGCACAGGAUCAGGCCAGCUGACUGGCUUCUAUUCCUGGUGCUCUGCAGCUUUCGAUAACACUAAAGUAUGCAUAUGGAAACAUUUUUAUUUUUUCAGAUUGCCUUAUGUGUCUGCUUAAAUUGUUUCCUCAAUUGCCAUUUGAACAGCAACAGAUGGUUUUCAUGAAGACAAUUAUGUAGCAGAAGUCCUCAUAAGCUGGGAUCAGCCUUUGGCAAACUCACUGUUUUAUCUCAAUUUACAGGUGAAUGGGAUGCGAAGAAAGGGAGCAUCUCUCCCUUUUGUGGAUAUCUUAUAACUGAGGUAUGAAAAGACAACUCAGGGUCAGGAUAACAGGAAGUGGAGGGAGCCUAUGAUUAGCAGUAACCACGUUUCACUGUCCUACAACCAAGUCAGAGAACUAUCAAAGCUUGUCUGUUGGAUGUAAAUGAGUAUCCUAAGAAGCUAAUUAAGCAGGAGCAAUGCUGUCUCCAGUGCCCCCAAGCUCCUUCCAAGGUCCUAGGGUGGCUUUAGGAAGAUUGUGUUUUUAAAACAGAAGACCCAGAAUUAGGCCUGGAGAGAUGGCUUAGCUUCUAAGAACAUUUACUGUUCCUGCAGAGGACCUGAGUUCAAUUCUCAGCAUCCACAUGGUGGCUCACAACCAUGGGUGACUACAGUUCCAGUGGAUCCAAUGCCCUAUUCUGACAUUGGUGUGCACAAGGCAUGCACACGGUGUAUGUACACGCAUACAUUAAGACAAAACACUCAUAUAUAUAUAAAAUAAAAUAAAUGUAUGUAAUUUUUUUAAAGACCAGGAAAAUUGCCUGUAUAAUAUAUACUGUGGCGUCCACAUUUGUUUGUGAACAAGAUAAAAAAUAGUUCCUAUUAUUUUUCCAUUAAAAAGAACCAUAGAAUAUUUAUAAAAAUAUUUUAAAAUACUUAAAUGCUACAUUAAUUGAAAUGUACACAUAAAAGACUAUCAGUGGCUUUCUUAUAAAGUCUAUGUGAUAUAGAGGGCAAUGGUUUCAAUUGUGUUAUGCUGUGAAUAACAGAAAAGCAGUGAAUGAAGCUUUAUUUGUAGCUCUUUUUCUUAUUUUGGAAAGAAAUAGAUUUGUGAUUCCAAUGAAAAUGACUCAAGAAGCUUAUUCUAUUUGAGUGUCAUUUGCUUCAUAACAUUCUGUGUGUUGGUGCUGAUAGGGUGCAUGAUGAUGUUUUGGGUCCCUAAUCAAUCAAACCAGGAAUUAAGUCAUGGCAUCGUGUAAUGGCAAGAAGCUUCUAGAGGAUAUAAAUUAGAGAAGAUAAUGAGUCAUUUGCAUAGCUUCUAUUUAUAUUAUAGAUGAGUAAAAGAAUUAUUGCCUGCAUAUGUAGUUUAGCUAAAUUUUUCCAUAAAUAGUAUUUCAAAAGUCUAUCUCAAUAUAUUUAAUAGCUGAAAGUGUGAGUGACCUCUAUGUAGGCUACUGAUUGUUAGUGCUGUACUUUAAAAUAGAUGAUUUAACAGCCAAUUUUUAUAAGCAGUCCUUUAUUUUAUAGAAUUUUAAAAUUAUUUAGUAUCUAAUAAUAAGUGAUUUGUCUGUUUUUAUGUCACAUAUUGGUGCAAAAGCAUGAGUUAUGGCCACAUAGCUCACCAUUUCUUUAUUUUACGAGACAUUGUCCUUUUUUAUCAACUCAUGGCAAUACUGUUAUUGUUACUUUUUUCUUUUCUUCUCCUUUUUAAAAAAAUAAUUUCUGUUUCAUUUACAUAAAGCAACAGUUCUCUGUGUUUCGGUCUUUGAUACUGAUACUAUGCCUUCAAGAUGUAACUAUAGAAAGACUCAUUUCCCAAGAUUUUCUGAGUGAAAAACCUGCCACUCUUAUUUUUUUUCUUGGGAUUAGCCCCCUUGCUCUUCCUUAUUUCCGCUUCGCUUGAAAUGCAUAGGAUGGUUUCAGCCUCCAAACAGCUACCUGCUACAUGUGUCCUGUUUGGAUCAAAGGUAUUUUGUCGUAUCAAUAACUGCCCACACAGUUUUGUAGGUAAUACUUUCAAAGAAAUGGUGACUCCUUAGGCAUGAGAGCCGUGUGGAUGGCUGCAGCAAUUCAAAAGUAAACACACUCCCCACUUUAGCACACACACUGCUGAUUUCUUAAACUGAAUUCAUUAUUGGUUAGAAGAACUGCUCGUUACGUCCUUGUUACCUCUUGAUGAGGCCACAGAGGCAGUGUUGAAAGCCAGGGGAGAAAGAGAAGACUAAUGCUUUGUUACCUCUUUUGCAGCAGUAAUUGUAUUUUGAGCACUUCCUGUGGUGGUAUUUUGCACAGUAUCUUGUGGGAAAAUGCGUUAGGUCUUUGGAUGUUACAGCUCUAAGUGGGUUGUGCAUGGUCUGACUAGGAGGGGCGUUUUGAAGGUAAACCUCACAUGUUCUUACUAAUGAAUGACCCUUAGUCGCCACAGACUCAGAACUACAGUUAUAUCUUACCAGGAGACAAGUCAUUAUGGGUCCCUGCUCUUAGGAUUGAAGGGUCUUGUUUCAAAGAAUUUACAAAUUGAUCUUUUCCUAGAAUUUCUCCAUCAUUAAGAAAAUAAUCAAAUAUUAUCUUAAAGUAGAAAAGUGCUUUGGAGAAAUAAAAAAAACAACCACCACAUUAUUUGCAAUGAAUGAAUAUUCUUGCAGGAGAAAUUACUUACACUAAAUUACUUUGCAUUCUAAUUAUUUCAGAUACUAGUCAAUAGCAUUUUUUAUUACUCUGAAAGCAAAAAAAAUCUGCAUCAUUAAACCCAUCUUUUCCUAUAUCUAUGUAGAUAUGUGAUAGUGAUUAUUUGACAAACCACCAGAAUUCUCUUAUUAAUCUGAGGAACCUGACCAUCUUCUUGGAGAGACUUGCUAGCCAACCCUUUUCUCUGAGAUUUUCAUUGCUGCUGCUAUAAAAUCUGCAAAUAAAUUUUAACUAGGUUCUUCUUGAUAUUACUCAUGUUCAGAGAGUUUCACUGUCAGAAAGUUCCUAGAAUCAGUCACAAUAGUAGUAUAUACUGCAUUUCAAAAGCUUGUAUACUUCGAAGGCAGACACUGGCCCCAAAUUUCUGUUUCUGGCAAGAGGUUUCAGCGCAAUAGUAAUGAGGGUUAGUGGUGUUUUCCAACAUGUGGGAAUUUUGCAAGCAUAAGCAUCAGAUAUGUUUUCUACCUGUGCCAAACAUGAUGAAAAAAUAUGUAGUUAUGUCUCUCCAAUGCUGCGCUGGUUGCCUGUGGUUUUAUACUAAACACAUUCCAGAGAGUGGAAUCUACAUCUGGCCUACUUGUGCUGGAUGCUUGGAGAGCUUAAUUUGUCUUCCCUCACAGAUAAGACUCAAACCCUGAAUUUCAUACUGCAUCGUUCUUAUUGUAGUGAGACUUAUACGGUAGUCAUGCACUGAGAAGGGGGAGUUUUCGUUAUUAAUUCAGAAGUCAAUCACUUCAGUCAUAUAGCUUGUCUCUUUAUUUUAGUAUAUCUAGUUUUACUUUGCUAAAAUAUGGGAUUGUAAAUUUAAUCUAAAUAUUUGACAUACUAACUUUUUCCUCUUCCAUCAAGGAGUAGAAAAAUUCUUAUGUGUGUUGGUUUGUUCCUACUAACGUAUUAGGCACUGUGGAUAAACAUAUUUAACUUUCCUUUCACACGUCUGCAAACAUCAUUGGGUGGUUCUGGUGGGGUCACCUCAGCCUGGUGGUAGUCUGGCUGACAACUGCCGUCAGAUCUGUGCUCCAGUUGUCAUUUACAAACAUGCUGAGACCUAUGGUGGCUCUAGACUGUGUUCCUCGUGACCUUGGAGCAUUGUCCACAUUGCAGGAACAUGGCAGCCCUGGAGCACUGUCCACAUUGCAGGAGCAGGGCAGCUCUGUUCUGGUGACCUCCUUACAGGAUUAGAAACAUCUGCCAAGACAGAAUGUACGCUGUGUUCUCUACACUCCUUUACCCUGGCGUUGUGACGAUGGACCUUGAUGAAAGUGAUGGCUAGAGUUUGCACAAACUUCACACCGUGUCUUACAUUGAGUGGUGACUUCUUAAAGGGUAAGGUGGCUGUGCUACAAAAAUGCUGAGUGACGAUUGUGAGCAGUGCAGAGGAACUAUUAUUUGUGGAUCCUGUUUUGUCUUCGAAUUCCUUGGCACUGGUGUCAUAACAACAUGUGAUAUGUGAAAUAAAGUGCAUUCUUCUACAGCUAAAUGAUUUUCCUCUAGGCAAAGUUCUGCUGUAGCAAACUCAUUGCUAGAUGGUGUUCUUGGGCUAUGUGUAUAAGCGGGAAAGCACAGUGAAAUGUGUGCUUUCUGAUGGAAAUGCUUCUUGUUCAUCUCAUAUGGAAUGCAUUUUGGUGCAAUAUGUCACUCCAGUUCACAUUAUCGAAUUAUGUUUCAGUUGUAUUUGUGGAGCUGCCCACUUGUUAUGCUUCUAGCUGCUUCUAUCUUUGUAUAUCCACCUUGUAUAUAUUUUUACUUGAAAAUACUUUAAAUGGUUAUUUGGAUACAUAUUUGAUAGUUUACAUAUUAAACAUCAUGUUUUUCUUUCUUUUCGAUAAUAAACACCACUUUAAACGAAA